AUGCGGGAUAAGACUGAUGAGUAUUUUGAGGCUGAUCACGUGGACGCGUUAGUGGCAACACCAACACUGGCGUCCGCUCCAGACCAUGAGAGCGUUCUCAAAACUUUGCAGGAUAAGAUUCAAGAAGCUCAAGACGCGGGACUGCCAAUUCCAUGCGUUGAAACGCUGCAAAAGCUACUCGCUUGCUACUGUAAUGAAGGUGCUCGUCCGGUAAAGGUGAAGGCACGUCGCUACCCACCGCUUAAUCGGCAGUACUUGGAUAGUCACGUUCAGGAAUUGCUUGAUCACGGCCUAGCGUAUGUGAAUCACCGCAGUCGAUGGAUGGGCCUCGGCGCCCCGGAUUGUAGCGAAGAAGAACCCGGGUGA